AUGUCGUUAUCAAAAUAUAUAUUAGCUAUUACGUUCACUUUUAGUUUAGCCUUGGCUGCUUACAGUGUGAUUACAGCUGAUAUUGAAGGUGCUUUAGUUGACAAAAGGCUUGAUCCAGGUGGAAUAGUUGUUGGUGCUUCUUGUAUUAUCGGUGGUGUUGCCUGUAUCAUUAGAGCUUGUACCAGAGAUGCUGCAGUGUAUAACUAG